AUGCUGGAGUCUAUGAAGAGAUAUCUGGGUGAUGUUUUGGGGAAUGACCCAAGAAAGAGGGAAUAUGGUGAUUUAGAAGAUGUAAGGCGUGAGAGACAGGAGAGAAGUCCAAUAAGGGAUAGAAGUAGGGCCCGUGUAGGCCCCAGAAGUAAGAAUAGACCUACUGCUAACUUUGCGGGCAAUGGUAGCAGGAGAAUGCUGAGAAAAGAGAGAAUGGCGAGAUCUAAUGGUAUCGUUAAGAAGAAACCGCCGGUUCGGGAUAACUCUGGUGGGCUCAAAUCGAUAUGGAGAUCCUUGAAGACAGUCUUCUCUAGCGAAGAUCAAGACUUGGAUCUCAUGCAAAGAGCAUGCAGCAAUGUCACUUCUAUGAUCCCCUCAAAGAACAAAAUAUCGGGACCUGAAGAACGGAGGCAAUUGAAGGAGAGAAUUGCCAGAAGCGAGGCAUUUAAGAGGAAAGUGCUCCAAGUAAAAUACGAUGAUAAGAUGCUGCAAGAACUAAGACGCGGCAGGUCUCGUCAGAGAUCAGAAGAUCCCGUAGGGUCCAACUUAACAGACGACCAGGUCACACUGUUGCAGAAGAAGAUAACUCACUUGGAAACUCGACUCAAGAACGCCUUGGAAGACCUUCAAAUCACCCAGAAGAGACUAAAAUUUGCAAAGGAAAAGAAUACUUUACUAGAGUCCCUACUGGACGACGCAAACAUCGACCGAGAGUACGUGAAAUCAAGAAGAGACAUCAAGAACAUACAGCGGGAUAACUUAAAGCCUGAUACUGAACUACCUCCAUCACCAAGACGCACCGUUAACCCGUUAUUCACCUCCAGCCCUAUGCGGAACAUCGCUACUAGGGAAGAGCCGGCCUCGUCAACCACCGAUUUCUACAACAAGUAUCCUAAGAUCCCAGAGACCGAGACACUGGCCAAUAACCAGAGGAGCGACUCACUAUCGCCCAUUAGAAUCGACUAUUCGAAGUAUUCAAUAUGA